GUUUGGUCUCUUCCUGCUGCUGUGCUUUCGUUUUCCGAGAGGGCAUUUCAUUGUUAUUUGUUAUCGGUACUGUGAUAUCUGGUUGUCUCCAGAAAAGGAGGAGAUCAAGUGGAUCGAGUAACGAUGGCUGCGUUGGAGAAGUCCCAAGAUGCGGUGUUGGACCAGGAGAAAGCCACGGAGUUAAGUAGGGAUGCUACGCUUGAGGGUGGCGAGGUCAAGGAUGCAGCGUUCAUACAUGCUAAUCCUGCUGAUGGAGACGAGGCACUCAAGGCUUUCGCUGGCCAUGAUGGAGAGGGUGUCGUCAUAACUCCUGCGGAAGAGAAAAGGCUGCUGAGAAAGAUCGACUUCAAUUUGAUGCCCAUGCUCUGCGUUGUAUAUGGCCUCAAUUAUCUCGACAAGACCACUCUGUCAUAUUCCAGUGUCAUGGGUCUGCAGAAGGAUAUCCAUCUGCAUGGUACCAAUUAUCAAUGGCUUAGUUCACUCUUCUACAUCGGUUACUUAGCGUGGGAAUGGCCAACGAAUCGACUCCUCCAGCGGUUACCGCUUGCCAAGUGGUCCUCCUUCAAUAUCAUAAUGUGGGGUUUGACACUUUGCUGUAUGGCAGCGACGAAGAACUUCGCCGGAGCCGUAGCAGUACGCUUCUUUCUCGGUGUUUUCGAAGCCGCCGUCACACCUGGCUUCGCGCUUUUCACUUCACAGUGGUAUACGAAAGAAGAACAAGGAACAAGAACAGGGAUUUGGUUCAGCUUCAACGGUUUCGCUCAGAUCCUUGGUGGCUUGGUCGCAUACGGCAUUUCCGUCGGGGUCAAGAAACACGGUGCCUCGAUCGAGUCGUGGAAGAUCAUUUUCCUGGUAAUCGGGUUGGCCACUGCAGCCGUGGGAUUUCUUUUCUUGUACUUCAUGCCCGACAACCAGCUCAACGCGAGAUUCUUGAAGCCCGAGGAAAGGUUGAUGGCAUUAGAGAGAAUCAGGAGGAACCAGCAGGGGGUGGGUAACAAGCAUUUCAAAUGGUAUCAACUGAGGGAAGCUUUGCUGGAUCCGAUGACCUGGGCAUUCUUUGCCUAUGCUUUGAUCGGAGAUAUUCCAAACGGUGGGAUUUCGAAUUUCUUCUCACAGCUCAUCGUCUCUUUCGGCUACACACCUGACCAGUCUCUCCUCUACGGCACUCCUGGCGGAGCCGUCGAGGUUGUGACUCUGAUCGUUUGUGGCUACCUUGGAGAUAGAUAUAAAAAUCGUGUCUUGGUGGGAUUGUCGGGAAUGUUUCUCUCCAUCCUUGGCAUGCUCCUCAUCGUCUGCCUCCCACUGUCCAAUGCCAAAGGUCGUCUGGCGGGAUACUAUCUCACGCAAUCCUCGCCCACAGGUUUCGUGGCCCUUCUAUCUCUCCUAUCCAGCAACGUUGCUGGUUAUACGAAGAAGACGACAGUCGCGGCGCUGUACUUAAUGGGCUACUGCGCAGGAAACAUCAUUGGACCUCAAACGUUCCAACCGAAGGACGCACCUCGAUAUGUACCAGCCGAGAUCACGAUUAUUGUUUGUUGGGGUGUAUGUAUCCUUGAUAUGCUGUUCAUUUAUUGGUAUUAUAGACGGAUGAAUAAGAAGAACGAAGAGAUAAGAGCUGCUCCGGGAUAUAGGAAGUUGGAUAAGCAGGAAUUCCUCGACUUGACCGAUAAGGAGAAUCAUGAGUUUGUAUAUACUCUUUAGGUAGAUUUGGAUAUAAGGGUUGUAGACUUAGUGAGUUUUCCAGGCCAUACCUCUUGCA